CCGAAUGGUAAGCUCUGGGAGGGGAGGAGGGGAGGUGGUAAGUGCCCGUGAUGUAACAUGCACAUAUGUAUACAGCAUGGCGAUUAUUGCGUGCUUCUCCCACGACCUUUCUCGCCAGUAGACUGUAUUCAACCAAAAUGUCAGAACCUUUGAAGCCCCUCCCGACGGUCGAGAAGCUCAGCAGUAGAGUGAUUCGCGUCUUGGGUGGUAAUCCGGGAAAGUUCACACUGCAAGGCACAAACACAUAUAUUGUCGGUACUGGAAAGAGCCGUCUCUUGAUCGACACAGGAGAGGGUAAACCAGAAUGGAUCAGUGCACUGAAGAAAGUAUUGGACGAUGAGAAGAUCACGAUCGAAAAGGCCCUCUUGUCGCACUGGCAUGGCGAUCACAUCCAGGGAGUUCCGGAUUUACUCAAUCUUUCUCCAGACACGGAAGUGCAUAAGAAUGACCCUGUAGAUGGGUGGUUGAGCAUCAGCGAUGGAGAGAAGUUUGAAACCGAGGGCGCGACUCUGAGGGCGCAUUUCUGUCCAGGCCAUACGAAGGACCAUAUGGCUUUUGUGCUGGAGGAAGACGAUGCAAUGUUCACAGCCGACAAUGUACUCGGCCAGGGCACUGCCGUCUUCGAGGACCUUGGUACUUAUUUGAAGAGUCUCGAGGGAAUGGCGAAACAGUUCAAAGGCCGCGCAUACCCUGGCCAUGGACCGGUCAUCGAAGACGGACCAGCGAAGAUUGCAGAGUACAUCAAACACCGAAAACAGCGCGAGCAGCAAGUACUCGAUGUAUUGGGCCAGAAGAGAGAGGCAGGGUGGACUGCGAUGGAUAUUGUCAAAGUCAUCUACAAGGACUAUCCCGAGAACCUGUGGGAGCCGGCAAAGUAUGGUGUCCUGCAAAUACUCGACAAACUGGAGAAGGAGGGUAAAGUCAAGCACGACAAAGAGAAGGAUACCUGGAGGUUGAGCGAAACAGCGGCACUGUAGUAGGGAGAUAUUUCAAAAGGCAAUGAAGACAUUUAAAACGUAGGUACUUACUUACACACGUAACACAACAAAUAUAUAACCAACGGAUCAGAGACAUCUGUGCAAAGCAUUAAAGUAUAAUUAACUGAUCAAU